AUGGCGGAAAUGGUGAAGUACGUGGACGACGAACAUAAGAGCAUCUUCUUGAAGCUGCUGAACGAGCAGCGGCUGGAGGGCGAGCACUGCGACAUUGCCGUGGUCGUCGAAGACGUCAAGUUCCGUGCUCACCGCUGCGUCCUCGCCGCCUGCUCCAACUACUUUAAAAAGCUCUUCAAAAAACACGAGGUGGACAACUCAUCAGUGAUUGAGAUUGACUUCAUCCGCUCUGACAUCUUUGAGGAAGUCCUGAACUACAUGUACACGGCAAAGAUCUCUGUGAAGAAGAAGGACGUCAACCUGAUGAUGUCAUCAGGCCAGAUCCUCGGCAUCCGCUUCCUUGACAAACUCUGCUCUCAGAAGCGAGAUGUGUCGUCUGAGGACAAGGAGAAGUUUCCCUAUGACAUCGUAAAGAUGGCGCUGCCGCCUGAGGCUCAGCUGGCCGCCGACUCGGAGGUGCUUGACGAUGACACGUCCGCCACAGAUGACCUUGUGGAGCCCUCGGCCAAUCCGGAGCUGGAGAAGUCUCCCAGUACAGCGAUGCAUGUGCAAGAGGCGAUCCUAAAGGAACUGACCAAUGAGGAUGUGCACAAGGUAACCUGCUACAACCAGGAUGUGGUGACGGAGAUGGAGGCGGAGCCUAAAGAGCUUGGAGCGGAGCAUCACGCCACACAGACGCUGACCUUCGCGGACAGCAUAGGGGAAGUGAAGGACGAGCAGCCGCCAGGCUGGUCAACGGCGACUGCCGACAUGAAGUUCGAAUACCUGCUGUACGGACACCGCGAGCAGCUCGCCUGCCAGGUGUGUGGGAAGACUUUCUUGGAUGAGAGCAGACUCAGGAAGCACGAGAAGCUUCACUCGGCCGAGCGUCCGUUCGCCUGUGACAUUUGCACCAAAGCUUUCACCACCCACGCUCACCUGAAAGAACACCUGAAGAUCCACGCAGGUUUCAAACCCUACAGGUGUGACGUGUGUGGGAAAUCGUUCAUUCGCGCUCCGGACCUGAAGAAACACGAACGAGUUCACAGCAACGAGCGGCCCUUCGCCUGCCAGAUGUGCGAAAAGGCUUUUAAACACAAGUCUCACCUGAAGGAUCACGAGAGGAGACACAGAGGAGAGAAACCGUUCGUCUGUCCGUCCUGCACCAAGGCCUUCGCCAAGGCGUCAGAUCUGAAGCGUCAUGAGAACAACAUGCACAGUGAGAGGAAGCAGCUGAAUCCUUUGCAGAGUGACACUGAGACACUGCAGGCUGCUGCCAUGGCUGCUGAGGAGCAACAUCUGGACUCCAUCAGCUGCUCCUAACAUCUGGACAGCCCUUUAACCUUUUGUUUUCUCACAAACUUUGAACUGACUUUGGCUGUGUUUGCUAGGAGCCUUUUUUCCUGCAUCGAGUUGAUGCACGUGAACCCAAGUGUAAGAUAAACCGAGCGGUCAUGUGAUUCACAUGUUGUCAUGUGACCUCCCUCUGGCUACAUGUGUGAUUUGUAACCUGGCGUGUUUGUCUUUUCAGUUUGAAGCAUAAAUUUAUAAACUGUGUAAAUUAUAAACACUUCUGCUCAGUUUCAUGAGCAAUGACAGAGAGAACAGUUUCAAUAAAGAUUCAACCUUAUCGACAUGUUCUCCUAAGGUUAUUAGCCCAAAAAGGUUGUUCAUCAUUGGUCACAUGACCAAUUUAAGACAACACAACAACAAGAUGCAGCGACCCAGAGUCUCCAUUUCCACUUAGGUCGAAAGUGCAGACUUCAAACUAUAUACCAGGUUUUUAAAUUGUGUCGAUGGGCCACAAAACCAGAGUUAUGAUAAAAAAAUACACGCAAUGGUUUUUCUGAACAAAAGAGCGGUGUUUACAGCGGGAAGAAACGGCGUUUUCUAAGGACAACGCUAGCAAACACUCUCCGUUUGCAAUUGAAAAAAGAAAAAGAAAAAACACCCCUAAUUUUUGUUAAAGUUUUCCAUGUCAACCAAUCAACUUGUUCUGUAAAUAGAUUUAAAUGGUUAUAUAAAACACGCCUGAAGCCUUGGCUGCAUUUUUUGGUGAAUAGUACCAUAUGACUUUGUAGUUUGCAAAUCUUGUACAUACUUUUUUAGAAAUAUACAAUUUCUAAUUGCAUUUCAAGUUAUGAAAAUGAUUCAUUAAACAUGUUUGAGGUUUUUACAGUAAAA